CGCAUUCGUGAAGCAAGAGUAUCAGUCUCGAUAUAUGUGUGGUCUGAAUGUAUCUACGUAACGUAGGUACGUAGGGUUUUAAGAUAGUAGUAAAUCCUAUCCGGGAUAGAGAGGCACAAAGAUGCCUUUAUUUGGGAAAAAAGAUUUCGGCAGGAAAUCGAAAAAGGAUGGCCGAGACUCUGAAAAGCAACCGUCCAUCGAAGAUAAGUAUGUGGUUAAAGAUUUGUUGGGAACCGGAGCGUUUUCCGAGGUGCGAUUGAUAGAAAGCAAAGAUAACGGGCAGUUGUUCGCUUGUAAAAUUAUCGACAAAAAAGCUCUUAAAGGGAAAGAAGAUUCAUUAGAAAACGAGAUUAGGGUACUGAAGAGAUUUAGUGAACAAGCAAAAGGCGAAGGGGAAGAGAAAAAGAUGUUUUCGCACCCUAACAUCGUCCAGCUGUUAGAAACGUACGAGGACAAAAACAAAGUGUAUCUCGUGAUGGAGCUGGUGACAGGCGGGGAGUUGUUCGACCGCAUCGUGGAGAAGGGCUCGUACACAGAGAAGGACGCGUCCAACCUCAUGCGUCAGGUGCUGGAGGCCGUGGACUACAUGCACUCGCAGGGCGUCGUACAUCGCGACCUUAAGCCCGAGAAUUUGCUCUAUUACAGUGCUGAUGAAGACAGUAAAAUUAUGAUAAGUGAUUUUGGUCUGUCCAAAAUUGAAGAUUCUGGUAUUAUGGCCACAGCUUGCGGAACUCCAGGAUAUGUUGCUCCUGAAGUGCUCGCCCAGAAGCCUUAUGGCAAAGCAGUGGAUGUAUGGAGUAUAGGAGUCAUAUCUUACAUCUUACUUUGCGGAUACCCACCAUUUUAUGAUGAGAAGGAUGAAAAUUUGUUUGCCCAGAUAUUGAAAGGCGAUUUUGAGUUUGAUUCUCCUUACUGGGAUGACAUUAGUGAAUCAGCUAAGGAUUUCAUAAGGCAUUUGAUGUGUGUUGAUGUGGACAAGAGAUAUACUUGCAGGCAGGCAUUGGCUCAUCCAUGGAUUUCUGGUAAUGAAGCUAGCAGCAAGAACAUCCAUGGCACUGUAUCUGAACAGCUUAAAAAGAACUUUGCCAAGUCCCGCUGGAAACAAGCAUACCAUGCAACAACUGUGAUUCGGCAAAUGCAGAAAAUGGCGCUCAGUAGCAGUGGCUCCAGUCGCAGCACAAACUCCAGUGCUCAGCUCAAGCAAUAGCUGCCCUCCCCAUGACACGGCAAAUCACUUUCCCUACUGACAAAGGUACUUAAGAUUUAUUUCAUUUUUAUUUUAUUGGGUUGGUGAUAACCAACGCCAACUAACUCCAUCAUGCUUAUUACAAUUGAUAAGCCUGUUACAUUAAUUGAAAUUCAUUGUCAAACCAGUUGGCGGCAGACACGCCGAAAGAUCUGUGUCAUCGCUACGUUUAUAACGUUACUUACGGAUCUACAAGUACAUUCCACUGGUAGUCUUAAUACUGGAAUGGAUAGCUUGUUUAGCAUAUUAAUAAUAAUCAACGAACUGUUAUUAAGACAUAUUUCGGCUAGUCAUUAUAUCUUAUCUGCUUGAAAAUAUUAAAAACAUACCUAUAAAAAUCUUAUAGCAAAUAAAUAUUACAUUGAUACUUCAUUUUGAAACUGAUCUGAAAUAUAGGUAUAAUCUCUUUCUUUAUGUAACACUUGUAAAUUUCAAUUAUUAUUAUUUUU